GCGCUAUUUGAUGAGGUGUUGCAGAAAGUUGUAAGUGCACUAAUCAUGGUACAUUGCCCCGAUACCAUCACAGGCUUAGUACAAUGGAGCUCUAACUUCACUGCUAAACCAUAUGCUUGGACCAAUGCAUGUACUGUACAUGCAGAGGGAAAGUAUGAACUAGCAGCUUUAGAAUACAUGGAUAGCCUAAGACGUUACUUACAAGUUGAUGAUCAAGUGAACGAGGUAAUGAUGUGCAGAUUUCCAAGAUUACUGGAUUUAACAAGUGGUAUUGCCAACAGUUCCAGGAACAUGAAGGGAGAAGAUACUCAACCAAAGAAGAUACUUACUAGGCUUGCUGACUCACCUGUACCAAAUCAAGUUGUUAUUGAAUUUAUGAUUAAACAG